AUGAGUAAUAGUGGUGGUUCUUCACCAUUCCUGGAGUCUCCAGGAGCGGCUAAAUCCGAUAUCCAAUCCCAAUAUGCUAAGGGAUCUGUUCAUGAUAAUUAUGCUGUGGAGGUUGCUGUUGAGGACAGAGAAGCUCCUAACUUCAAUGACGUAGAUAAUAUCGGUUCACCUGAAGCAACUGCAUCCAAUAAGGAUGAUGAUAUUAGAAUUUUAAAAUAUCAAUUAACGAAUAUGAAGAAUGAGCAUGAGAUAGAAACUUUGAGGGUUCAAAGAAAGUAUGAUAAUAUAGAUAGACAAUAUAAGAUGAAUAUGGACACGUUGGAAAAGACAUUGCAAGAUUUGCAGAAACUAUAUGAGACUAAUGGACUAUUGGAAGAGGAGCUGAGAAACUUGCAAAGAAAAUAUGAAAUAGAAACUGAAGAGUCUAAUUUGAAACUGUCUACCAUGAAAUCUGAUAUGCAAGUGAAACAAAAUGAAUGCGAAUUUUUGAGAAGUCAGUACGAAUCUGUAGCAACAAAAUUUGAGAAUCAAGUGAAUGAAAAUAGAGGUGAACAAGAGGCAUCACAAGCAUUGAUUAAGAGAUUCGAAAAUGAAAUUACAAAACAGAGUAAUCAGAUAGUCCAGCUUCAGAAAACUAUACAUAAGAAAGAUCAAGAAUUAGAGAGAGUUAAAGUUGAUGGUAUAAUAGAUAACCAUAAAAAUUAUUCAACCGAAGAAUUUCAAGAGCUAACUACGAUAAAUAAACUAUUGCAAGAUCAAUCACAGUAUGUUAAAGAGUUAGAAACAGCCAACAUUACCCAAUGCAACGAGUUAAGGAAAUUGAGAAUAUCACAAGAAACUGCAUCUUAUUGGAAAACAGAAUAUGAAAAAACAACGAAUUCACUAGAGGAUGCUAGAAGUGUGUUGCAACGCACAGAGGAGGAGAAUGAGAAACUAAAUUCUCAAUUGUCUACUUGGAGAGUUUAUUUGGAUAGAGAGGCUAAUGCAGACGAAGAUGUGAACCCAGAACAAAUUUUAACUAAGUUUAGGUCUUUGGAAAAAGAAUGCCAGAAUUAUAAAGAAGAAAAUGCUCAGUUGCAGAAAGACGUCCUCCAAUUGAAAUCAUUAAAUGAUGAAUUGGCCUUGGAAAGAAAUCAAUCAUUGGAUCUUCAUAAAAAUUAUGAAGCCUCAAUAUUAAAUUUGAAAAAGAUCAAUCACGAACUAGAACAACAGAAGUUGUUAUCAUUUGAAGAAUGUAAGUUAUUGAGACAGGAGUUGGAAGAAAUUAAUUUUGUUACAGAAAACAAGAAAGAUCCAAAUGAUGCAAACCUAACAAACAAAAAAAAUAACUCCACAUAUCUAAUUCAAAUGUUGUCAGAUGUCCAAAAUAAGAAUCAAGAUUUAACAGAAGAUUUAAAAGUAUUAAAUGAUCAAUUGUUAUCAGAACAAGUGGGGUCUAAAAAGAGAAAAGCAAGUGACCAAGUUACUUUGAAUUAUUCAAAAAGAUUAAAUGAGUUACAACUAGAAAAUAUACAGUAUUCCAAAGAUGUACAAAAACUUAAUGAUGUUAUAAAAUUACUGGAAGAAAAAAUUAAGAAAUUAGUAAACAUUAAAGAAAAAAAGAUUAGAAUUUUACAGUUAAGAGAUAAUCCAUUAUUAAAAGAGCAGUUCUUAAGGAAAAAGCAAUUAGAUAUACUAAAACGUGAGAAUAAGGAUCUUUUACAAGAGCUGCUUAGAGAUAGUUCAGAGCCUAGAGAUGACAGAAAGUAUGUGCCGAGAACCGUUUUCGAAUCGUUGAAUUUUGAUUUAAAGGAACAAGAACAUGAAAUAUUUAAAUUGAACAAAAAAUCAACACGUUUAAUGCAAGUGUUCAACAAAAAGUCUCUAGAAUUUAUAGAUGUGGUCACUUCAUUAUUGGGAUUCAAGUUAGAGUUCCAAAAAGAUGGGAGAAUAAAGAUAUUUUCCUGUUUUAAGCCAAAUAAAUACAUCAUUGCCGACUUAAUAGCCAACUCAUUGAAAUCAAAUCUUAGCACAGUGGUAGCAGACUGGCAAGAGCUUUUCCACCUGUGGAUAGAAGAACGCUCACAAAUUCCCUGUUUUCUUGCCGAAAUUACAUUGAGAUUAUGGGAAGAAUCACAACAGAGCGUUCCACAAACAGCACAAGAUAGUUAG